AUACACAUAUACAUACAUAUUAUAACGCACUCGUCCAGCGUCCGGCAUCCAAAUUUUCCGGCAAUCGACGGCAUUCCGCCAAUUUUCAAUCACUGUUCAUAAAUACUGAACAGUCUUCAUCUUGUAAGUUGUAAUGUCCAAACGGUUCAUCUGGUAACGAUCGAACAACUUCUGGUGACUUGGAACUGGAACGAGGAGUUUGUCUGCGUUAACAUUAGUCAUGUCACGAGAAUACUACAAUCUGCGAUUCGUUGUCACCACACCGACGCUGUCUAUAACCGAAUACAACUGUCUAAAAGAACCGUGCAACCAGAUUGGAUUCCUAAUUGGCGAUAAAAAAAUUAAAGUAUCAAAUGUUAUAACUGAUGAGUCAUUAAAUAAUACCAUCACAGAAGAAACAAUAUGUAUUCAUGCUUCAUAUCCAUUACCAGACUUUAAUGAACAACUAUGUUCAAACCCAUUACAAAUAGAUUACAAAAAAUUGAAAUAUUUCUUACAGAAAUGUCCAGAAAAUUAUGAGAAAUCGAUUGUUGGCUGGUACAGAUUUCGUAGAAAUGCUGUAUUAUCUCCUAGUAUUGCUGAUAUUCGUUUUCAUGCUCAACUCAGUAAUAUUUUUGAUAAAAUGAGUGUAUCAACAAACAAAUUUCUGUUUUGUUUGUUUGACCAUAACUAUAUCGGUUCGAUUGAUCAUAAAUUUAAUCAUAUUUUUUACAGAUGUGACACUGGGAAAUGCUUUAACCCAGUUAAAGUCGAUAUUGUGAAUUUGAGUACAAAACCCUUCAUUGAAGAUGAUAAUCUUGGAUAUAAAACUAACAUCAAUUUAAUCGACAAUUGCAAAUCAUACACGGACACUAUAAAUAAAGUGUUUGGAAAUAAGAAAGAACAGUGUUCAAAAGUGUCAGUAUACAAUAUGAGAACUGCUUUGAUUGAGGAGAUGAAUAAAAUGGUGAAACGGAUAGUAGAAAAUGAACAAGAAGUUAUUAAACUAAGUGCAUCCAUAGAAGAGAAGAAAAAAGAAAUAGAAAAGAAAAAGAAUGCUAAGUCAUGUAUUCCUAAAAAUUAAUGGUAUUAUUAAAAACAAUUGAAUAUAUUUGUAAUUUUUUAAUACUACAUACU